AUGGAGGGCAUGGAUCAUGGCAGCAGCUCAAGCAGUUGCAAGGUCUCGGUGGGUGCCAAGAGAUUUGGAGAUUUUCAAGUGGAUUCGCUGACCAAAGUCCAGAUGCUGUUUAAUUUUCACACCAUCGAUGCCUGCUUCCUGUCCACCGGAUGGCAGAUCAAGAACAAUGGCAUGUUUGCUGCGACUUGCAUUGGAACAAUUCUGCUUGUUGUACUGGUCGAGUUCUGUCGGCGCAUUGGGCGGGAAUACGACAACUUCCUGACCCGCCAGUUUGAGCGCCAAGCCGCGCACGGCACGUUUGCCAAGAAAUGUGAAUCGGCCAGAACGGCCGUGACUUUUCGAGCGACACCUUUGCAGCAGUUGACAAGGUCUGUGAUUCAUGCAGUCACCUUUGCAGGGGCUUAUAUCACCAUGUUGUUGGCCAUGUACUUCAAUGUCUAUGUGAUUAUUUGCAUCUUCAUCGGUGCGGGGCUGGGCAAGUUCUUGUGUGAUUGGAUGGUUGUCACGGUGGGAAUCGAUGACGUGCAGGAUGAGACACGGAAAUUGGAGGAGACAACGAUAUGUUGUGAUUGA